UUAAUAGGAUGGUGUCUCCACGGGAUCAAAUUUCAGCGUCUCAUCUGGGGGCUGGCUUCGCGGUCCCUGAUGGGAGAGCAGGAGCAGGUGGUAUGUGGCUCGUCUCAGACCUCACUGACUCCUGUGGGAUCUUCUAGGUCUUUCUCACUGCCCAUCCUAACCCCCGGAGCUGGGAUCAUCUUUCACCCAGCUUUGGCUCCUAUCAUAAAUAAGAGGCCUGUGUUCAGGGCUGAGGCCUCUCUGGGGUGUCAGAGAGGGCAUGAGAGUGUCAGGACCUGGGAGCUGGUCUCAGUGCAGCCCUCUGUCCCCCCUACUCAAAGCAACCCUCUUCUGGCCAGCCUACCCCUGGAUCCUGACUACUCCGUGCCUUGCUACUGCUCACCUCCGUCACCCUCCAACGUGUGUUUGCCUGCUGAUGAGAAGUGUGACAAGUGCUGCGGCCCUUCCUCAGAAAAGACCUUGGAAUAUACAUUUCACUGGUCCAGGACCCCAGAGCCAGAGACCUCGCAGCUGGCUGCACCCGAAAACACAGUGACAAUUGGAACCUGGAGGCCAGCGAGAGACUCGGGGCCUCAGUGGCAUGGGUCCUUCCCCAACUCGGACUCACAGGAGCACUGUAAUGACCAGGACCCUCCAAAGAGGCAUCACAGCAACGCUAAGAAGCCCUUGGAGACCAGCUCUUCCAAAACCAAAGUUAAGUCCACCGUGAUGAUUCCCGAAUCCCAGAAGCUUUUGAGAUGUGAACUGGAGUCACUCAGGUGUCAGCUACAGGCUCAGACCAAGGCUUUCGAGUUCCUAAACCACUCAGUGACCAUGUUGGAGAAGGGGAGCUGCCUGCAGCAAAUCAAGAUCCAACAGCUUGAAGAGGUGCUGGGCCCCACGAGCCGCCAGGCAGACAAGGAGAGACACAAGUGGGACGUGGACGAGGGACGGCAGGAGCUAUAUGAGGCCCUGGCUAAAGGCCUGCAGGGGCUGCAGAAGACCCUGCAUGACAACGAGGAGGUGCAGCGGGCCCGUACCACCCGCUCUCUACAGCUGUUGGCGCAGGAGAUCCGGGACAGCAAGAAGUUCCUGUGGGAGGAGCUGGAGCUGUUGCGGGAGGAGGUGACCUUCAUUUAUCAAAAGCUCCAGGCACAGGAAGAGGAGAUCACGGAGAACCUGGUGAACAUCCAGAAGAUGCAAAAGACACAGGUGAAGUGCCGCAAGGUCCUGACCAAAAUGAAGCAGCAGGGGUAUGAGACAUCCAACUGGCCAGAGACUGAGGAGUUGCCACCAGGAGGCAGUGGCUCCUGGAGGGAUGACCUCCAGAAGGAGCUGGGUAACAUAUGGUCUGCUGUGCACCUGCUGCAGAACUCCUUUGGUGGCCUCGCCAGAUACUCAGGGGGCCGCCCCAGGGCUGCGAGCCUCAGGGGCUAUAAGGGGCACCGAUGCCUGAGCCCUCCACUCCCCUCCUGGGACUCGGACUCGGACUCAGACCAGGACCCUUCCCAGCCACCACUCAGCAAGAGCUGCUCCUUCCCACCUGCCUGAGCAGCUGGGACUGCUCUCCCUGAAGACCCCUCCAGAGAGAAAAUAAACUAGCUGAGACCCUCCUCCACCUGUGGACUGCUGCUCCUGCUGCUUCCUGCGCC